GCCAUCUGGUACCUCGGUAGCAUCCAAAACAGCAUCAGCCAUAACCACAGAAAUGGCCAGUCAGUCCCAGGGUAUCCAGCAGCUCCUGCAAGCUGAGAAACGGGCGGCUGAGAAGGUGGCAGAUGCCAGAAAGAGGAAGGCCCGGCGUCUGAAGCAGGCAAAGGAGGAGGCACAGAUGGAGGUGGAGCUGUACCGCAGAGAACGAGAGCAGGAGUUCCAGAGCAAGCAACAGGCGGCCAUGGGCUCCCAGGGGAACCUGUCGGCUGAGGUGGAACAGGCUACCAGACGCCAGGUGCAGGGCAUGCAGAGCUCCCAGCAGAGAAACCGUGAACGCGUCCUGGCCCAGCUUCUUGGCAUGGUCUGCGACGUCAGGCCCCAGGUCCAUCCCAACUACCGGAUUGCUGUCUAGGAUCCACCGCAGGGCCUGACUCUUCCCUUCCAGGUCCCUUCCUCAAAGAAAUCCCCCAAUCAAAAUUACCUCCCACCAUCUUCACUGGUUCUUUCUCAUUUUCUCUCCACCCCCUGGAAAUUCUAGGGGCAAGAUCCAAUAAUUCUGUGAAAUUUAGAAGUUAUCUUGCUCAGAUCUGAAUCUUAUUGUUCUUUAACCUUACUGGGAACUUUUAAACUCCCAAGUCACCCUCACCCGACCCCUCUUUGAAAUUUGCAGCAUGGAGAAGUAGGGAUAUGUAAAGCACUUUGGCUUCAGAGCCUGGCAGGCUUUGGUCCUUCUCCCAACGCUGCCACUUGCUGGGAUAGGAUAAGCUUCUUAACCUGUAGUCCAGUGUCCUCCUCUACAAGAUUGGAAUGCUAAUGAUGAUGAUAACAAUAAUGAUGAUACCUACCUCAUGGGGUUGCUGCAAUGCUUAAGAAUCACUCUGUAAAGGGUGUAGCGUGGUCCCUGGCAUGUAAUAGUUGUGAUUCAUUAAAUGGCAGCCCUAUGAUAUUAUUACCACUCCCUGCCCACCUGCCAAAACCUAAACACAGCUAUUUCCUCACGUUUGUCAAUGGCUAAUUCUACUCGUUCAUUCUGUGAACUAAUAAUUCUCUGAAGAAUUAGUUUUUCCCACCUCUCUUUUCCCAGAAACUAUAUGGUCCAUGAAAAAGAAUGAAGACCUAGUUUAGACUCUCUAUUAUGGUUCCAGGAAGAUGUUACAUUUCUUAGUCUUUCUUUUGUCUCUGAGUUGGUCUUUCUCUUUAUUGGAUUUCCUCUUUCCCAAUUUCCCCAAAGACCCACUAGAUACUCACUUUCCUGAGAUGUAAAGUGAUGCUGCAUUCCCUUGUAUGCAUGGCUUUCCUUUCUACAUCCUCAAUACCUUUCCCUAUGUAACACUGAAAAAGUGUCAAUAAAAAACUAUGGACAAAUCAA